AUGGCGCCGGCUGCCGAAAGCAACUUACAAGGUCAUGGCCCAGCUGCUAAGAUCGCGGAUGUUACGGAAUACUUCCCCCUGGGCCCUGUGACGUCCGCGUCGCGCAGUUUCCUGCGCUUGCGCCUGAAUGGCGACUGCCGUGAGCUCUUCGUCUUAAGGCAGGCUGGCGUGGCGCCUGCACUCUUCUGCCGUGCAAGUUGGCCGAAGGCCCUGAGGGCCCGGUUAUUUCCGUCCGCAGACGAGGAUGUCAGGCGCGUGUGGGGUGUAGCUCUGCUCCGUGCGGCUCCGCCAGAGCGAUACACGGUGUCAGACCUGCACCGCAGCCUCAGCAAAGACCUUGGUACAGACCUCGACCAGCAGGGCACAGCCUUCGUUCCGGGACCUUGGUCUUCGACCUGCCGCGUGAAGGGCGUUGCUGAGCACUGCCGGCCGGCGCGGCUGGGUUUCUGGGGGUGGCUCUUUCGGUUGAAGCAUUCCGUGUUGGCUGUGCGCCUGCAGUGCCCGGAUGCAGAGGAGGAUCUCCUCUAUCUCGACAAGAACGCCGACGUGGGCGUGAGCUGGCGUCGUGCGGGGUGA